AUGGUUGAUGAUGGGGAACCAUCUCGUAUGGAGUUGGAGGAUGCAGAGGACCUUUCUUCGGAACAUAUCGAGCAGGGUGAUUUGAGUGCGAUGACUCAACUAGGCGGCCCACUGAUGACAAUACAGGUAGUGCGAUGCAGGACAGCAAAGCACGCUCGAAGUCUCAACCAUGAGCAUAGAAGGGAAUGUACCGGGGUGAGUUUUUCCGAUGCGGGAGUACCUAUCGUUGUUGAUGACUCGAUAUGCGCUCUGCAGGCUCAUGCAAAGGAUUGCUUUAGUAUCGCUGUCGUAGCUGAGCGGUGGCUAGCUUCAGGUGGUGAAGAUGAUGUUGCUUUUCUCUGGGACCAAAAUGUGUCCGGUAGGAGGGUUUUGCAGCUCAACGACUGUAAUGAUUUGGAGUGGAUCUGUUGGCACACUACAAGUGACAUUCUUUUUGCUGGUGACAAGGACGGAAUCGUGUGGAUGUGGCUGAUUGGUCCCUCAGGCGUCGCCCAGUCUAAAGUGUACAGUGGUAAUGGAUCCUCUUGUACAGACGGUAGCCUGUUGCCGGAUGGAAGACGCCUGCUUGCUGGAUACGCUGAUGGUGCAGUAAGGUUAUGGAAUCUGAAGGAUGGUACGUUUACAAUGCUGAAUCUUAGUGGUACUGUCACAGCCAUCCAUCACCAUAUUAGUCAACCUAUUGCCGCCGUUGGCACUGAAAUUGGCACUGUUCAUGUGAUCAACACUUCUCACUCAGACAGACUAAGUGUCACUGUGGAAUUCCCGGCGCUAUCUCCUCCGAAAGAAGUUGACGAGGAAGAAGCCAACUUGGAAAAUUGCGUGGAAUGCGCUCAAUUUGCGCCUUUCAAUUCGUGGUUAGCUGUUGGCCGCAAUGAUGGCACGCUAUGCAUUUACGAAACGACUUCCAGUGCACCGCGUAGUAUCUAUAGGGCUCCUUCCCCACAGGCUAUGGUUCGUGCGUUGUGGUCGAUGGAGGGCAACACACCUUUCCUGUGUGUCGGAUCAGUGGAUUGUUUCGUUAGAAUAUUCGACGCUAGGGAUGGAUCGUUAUACAAAAUGACGUACUACCAAAUGUACAGGAAUACAACCCUUGGGGAGGCGUUGCAGAAAACAUUGGACGAUCUCGUGCACGAACAAAUGAUCCCGCCACAGCUUGCUGUCAAAGUUUUGGCUAUUUAUGACAAAGCAAUCAACAAAGCACUGGCUCAAAAGGCUAAAAAUAAGAUAUUUGGAAAAAAAACAUGCUCUUUCUUGUUCACAGGUACUCGCACAGGAACAAUGGCGUACAUGAUGUAUCGAGAAACGACUUUGGGCUCGGCCCUAAGUCGCACUUUGGAUGAAUUCGUCGAAGAAGGCCUUAUAACUCGCCCACUUGCAAUGAAAGUACUCACAACCUUCGAUAAGAAUAUAAAUAAAGCACUCGCAUAUCGAGUGAAAAAUAAGAUUUGGAAAAAAAACAUGCUCUUCUUGUUCACAGGUACUCGCACAGGAACAAUGGCGUACAUGAUGUAUCGAGAAACGACUUUGGGCUCGGCCCUAAGUCGCACUUUGGAUGAAUUCGUCGAAGAAGGCCUUAUAACUCGCCCACUUGCAAUGAAAGUACUCACAACCUUCGAUAAGAAUAUAAAUAAAGCACUCGCAUAUCGAGUGAAAAAUAAGGUCCAAUUUAAAGCUGACAAAUUGGUCACAUACCGAUAUUGUGAUAAUGUGUGGACGUUUGUGAUCAACGGUGUCGAGUUCCGAGAUGUACAUCGGUCAAUUGAUCGUACUGUGGAUCGUGUCAAAAUAGUCGCAUGCGAUGGGCGCGCUCCUGGACUUGCUGGUACGACUAGCGGAACCAUGUAA